AUGAACAACACCGCUCCGUAUUGUACCGGAAGUGCUCAGAACUGCUCCUUGCCCGUCUGCAUGUCAACUCUUACGAGAAGCUCAACGGCGAAGGGGGGCACAGUGACCGAGUUUGAGAGGAGCUGUGGGAGGCCGAAUCGCUGCCACUUGAUGGGUAGUAUGACCAGUUACUCCGUCUCGACUGCAACCAACAGCACAUGCUGUUCCUUGGACCUGUGCAAUCCACCGGUGCCGACCUUACCUACUCAAACCAAUAAAAUGUUAAACGGAGUCCAGUGUAAAACCUGUUUUGCUCAUAACAACCAAUGCCCCAAGUUUGAUUCCAUUAACUGCACGGGAGAAGAAACGUUCUGCGUGGAAUACGACGUUGCGGGUGAAACCGGAUCCACCACGAUCUGGGGAUGUUCCAGCGAGAGCUUUUGCCAUUCUACAGAAUCCCGUAACUCGGUGAGCGGGAAAGUCAUGAACAUAACCACGAAGUGCUCUAGAAGUGGGGCAGAAGCCUCCAUUGACCAAAGCCUUUGGUUCUUGGCUGUGCUGAUGCUGGGGAGCAAGUUUCUUUAA